AUGAAUUCAUGCCCAGAGUUAAUCCGCGGGUUGGAGUGCAGUGAUCACAUUGCAGGCAGCUACCUCGCAAGUGAGUCUAGAUUUCAACACUUACAGCACGGAUCCGGGUUCGCUAAAAUGAGCUGCGCCGGAGAAGGGCGAUAUUCGGUUUCCAAGGAUUUCAAUUUGCACCAAUCACCUUACCCCGCUCUGAACCCCACCUCCGCCGCGCAACAGCCUAACGUUCACCCCACGCCGUCCUGUAGUAGCGUCCCGGCCGGGAGUCUCUCCUUCAGCCUGGGGACACCUGCCCGGGCCGCCUUCACUCAUCAGCAGGAGUACGUUUCUCCUCCGACCUACCUCCACCACCCGUAUUCCAGUAGCCAUGAGAUGGACUUUACCGCCGCGGGCUACGGCUCGAGUUGUGCGCAGCCGGCGAGUUUUUCUGGGUAUCAGUCCGGGUUAGGAGCGCUGGACCAGCGGCAGUAUCAGGCUUGCGCGCACGACGGGACGAGUCUGCCCCUGGCCCACAGCCGCUCCCCCGGCCAGUCCCCCGGAGACGGGAGGGAGUCUCCUCAACCGCACAGAAGUUACGGCGGCGGGAGCAAAACUUUUGAGUGGAUGAGAGUGAAGAGAAACCCGCCCCGCACAGUAAGGCCGGCGGUAACGUGCAGCAGCGACUACCCGGGAGACGACCUCACGAACAUCAACAACAACAACAGCGGUAGCCACGGCAACGGAUGCGGUGUCCUCACCCCGGGCGCCGCGAGGACCAACUUCACCACCAAGCAACUGACCGAGCUCGAGAAAGAGUUCCACUUCAACAAGUACCUGACGCGCGCCCGGCGGGUGGAGAUCGCUACCGCGCUGCAGCUGAACGAGACCCAGGUCAAAAUCUGGUUCCAGAACCGACGCAUGAAGCAGAAGAAGCGAGAGAAAGAGGGCUUGAUGUGCGGGUCAGCCCUCUCCUCUUCAUCCUCCUCCUCCUCCUCCCCUUCCUCCAGCGGCCAGGAGGACUCCCCCUCGGAUAAAUCUGACAACAGCGCCUCCCGGACACCUUCUCCGCCGCCUCCCAGCUCCAGACCCGAAGUCACAGCUCCUACACCGCUCCCUUUGUGUGAAAUGUCUUUCAGUGAUGAGGAAGGGCUUGAAGAUACCGUGGAUGUGUGGCACAGAUCCCCAAUGGGGCGUGUUUCAACCCCUUUGAAAUCUAAAACACAAAGGUUAGACCCCGGUCACUGUAUAUGUGUGUCACCAUACGGAAUCCACACAGUGUCAAGCAUUGCACUGUAGAGCACAGGUUCGAUUAGAUACAGCCUGGCUGCAGAUCUUCAAACUCCAGGACAACGAUUUUUGCAUAAAGUAUAUUCCCAAACAUUACAUUAAAAUCGACAUGCGUUUGAAAUCCAUUUGCACUGAGUUGUGUUCAGAUUUUUUAAAAUUGGUUUUGCAGUGAGGGAACAUUAUGUGGAACGUCUAGUAAAAUACAUUGCAUUGAACCAGUGUGACUCUCCUGGAUUAAAAGGGUUCUGAUAAUAAUCUUAUGCUCGUAUGUAUAUAGAUAGAUAGAUAGAUAGAUAGAUAGAUAGACAGACAGACAGACAGACAGACAGACAGACAGACAGGCAGACAGGCAGACAGACAGGCAGGCAGGCAGACAGACAGACAGACAGACAGACAGACAGACAGACAGGCAGAC